CAGGCCCAGCCUAAUACAGAAUGGCGUUUUUCCCAAGGUCAACGGCCAGGGACAAGUGGAGCUCAGCCAACAGAAGAAGCUGGAGUGUGGCCAAAUAACCAGUUUGAAACAGAAAGACUUCAAGCGAUGAUCUUGGCAUCUGCAAAUGAAGCUGCUGAAGGAACAUCAGGUCUUGGAGGAGGAACAGGUACUAUGGGACUCAGUGCCCGCUACGGACCACAGUUUACCCUCCAACAUGUCCCUGACUACAGACAGAAUGUCUACAUCCCAGGAAGCACAUUGACACCAACCAACCCUGGAGGAAAACGUGAGGGGAAAGCUUCUGGAGGAAACAAAAAGAAAUCUGGCAAAAAGGAAAAGAAGUAAACUGUCUAUCAUAGCAAUUUGAUUACAUCAACAGGGCAGAAAUCUUUGACCACUUCCCCUAAGUUAACAUAUUUGGGGUGAAGUUGAAUGUCAUGUUUGUUAACACAUAUGUAAACGUAUAUUAAAGAGGUACUAAACCCAAAUAUUUUCUUCCAUGAUCCAGAUAGAACAUGCAAUUUUAAGCAGCUUCCAAAUUUACUCAUAUUAUCAAUUAUUCUUCGUUCUCUUGAUAUCUUUAUUUGAAAUAGCAGGAACCUAAGCUAAGGAGCCGCACCAUUUUUGGUUCAGCACCCUGGGUAGUGCUUGCUAAUUGGUGGCUCCUAAUCUUACAUUCUUACUUUACAAAUAAAGAUAGCAAGAGAACAAAUAAAAAUUGAUAAUAUGAGUAGAUUAGAAAGUUGCCUAAAAUUGCAUGCUCUAUCUGAAUCAUGAAAGAAAAAAAUUGGGGUUAGUCUCCCUUUAAUGAUGCGAAUGUUUCAUCAUAAUCAUUAGCAGCAGUUUUUCUUCACUUGUAGUGGAUUUUUCUUCUGUUAUGCCUCAUGAUGAAAACAUUAAUUUAACCUCUUAAGGACAUAUGACGGAAUUUUUCUGUCAUAAAACAAUUGAGCAGACUGAAAGCUGUGUCCUUAAAGGGUUAAACCUCUGAAACAAGUGCCCUGUCAAUAUUACCUAACAUUUUGUACUAAAGCAAAGUAAUUUCAUAGCUAACGAUAUGCAGCCUUUUUAAACAAAACUGUUAAUAUUUAAUUUGCUCCCACAAUUACACCUGUGGAAAUUCUUCCAUUGUAAAUACGUACCACAAAAUAGUUAUAUAGAUAUAAUUUAUAAACAUUCAGGUAUUCAAAAAAAAUAUUACAGAAUUGUAAUCCAUUUUUCAAAUUGUUAUUAUUUACUUUUCAAUAAUCAAGAAUUUCAGUAAUUGAGGGUGCUGUUUUUGCCUCUGAGCUAUAGUGUGUGUCUCUGAUAAUCAUACAUAGCAGAAGGGCUUAAGAAAUAUAUAUGUACUAGCUUAUUAUGCAGCAUUUAAGAGAGACAAAAACUGAUUCUGAAAAUUUGAAAAAAUACAACUGAAAUAUAUAAAAAUGUAUGUAGUGUUUGCAAAACAAAUGAUCAGAAAAAAUGUCAAGUUUGUGUGCAGUAGUUAAAUAAUACUGUACUUUUGAUGUUCUCUUUAUUUUUAUUUUUUCUUGUUUAUGUAAAAACAAUGCUUUAAAAUAUAAAUUUACAAUUAAUGAGCUAGACGCAUUUUCAUGAAAAUAAAAUCCUGUAACAUUUUGUACAGCGGAAUCUUUGGGGUUUUACAAUUAUCUCUGCUUUUAUUGAGGUCUUUACACUUUGGCACCUACAAAUUGCAUGUCUAAUGUUCACACAAUAUCAGAAAUGUCUACAGAGUUUGGAAAGUUGUUGCAUGUAAAUAUCCAGCAUGGGAAUAUUCAUUCUUUCUAGAGAAUGGUAAAUAAGUAAACCUGUUUAGUGCGGGUCAAAAAUUCUAGGGGUUAAGUAAGUAACAGAUUCAUUGGGGGAAGUGAUAUAGAUGACAAUUAACUCAUGAAUGAAGUGAACUAAGUGAUUCCAUUGGAUUAAUAUUCAAUGAUGUCUCUUAAUAUCGACUAACAUUUUUGAAGCAUAAAUAUAUUUUAUUAGAGUUAAAAUAAAUUGCACUGCAUUGCUAAUUCUUUAUGAUUUAAUGCAGCUAUAUAAAUAUUGUAAGAAACAAAAAUUGAAGAGUCUAUUUGGUUAAUAUGUGAUGAAAAAAUGUAGGGUACAAUACCUAAAAUAUUAUUUUUGUUGUUUUUUUCUCUUAUAGGAACACUUUAAGAACAGUGCAGUUGACAUAAUUAGGUGAACUUUAUAUAGUUCUAUAUAAAGAAAGCAGUAAAUAUAUAUGUAUAUAUAUAAUUCUACUCCUUUCUUUUUUCUUUUUUUUUUACAGACUGAAGCCUAGUUAUAGAACUAACUAUGCUGUGAAAUGGUAAAUGGUAAACAUUUUCAUAACCAGUUCUUACCUUUUUAUUUUCUUAUUUUGGUAGAUUUUAGAAUCAUUUGUAAUACAUUUGUUUUACUAUUAAAUCCAUACCUAUAUCCAUCAUUUUGGGCUACACAGGUACAGACAGUUUGAAAUACUUCUUUUCAAUAGGUCAAUAGAUCAGAAAGCAAACACAGAUAAAAAAAAAUUGCCAAGUAAUUUCUUCUCCAUCCGCUCUCAUGAUGAUAGAGAUCGUAUUAUACUUUUGUGAUCCUUUUGUUCUCACAGGAUCAAUAUACUUUCAAGCAGAGUCAAAUAUUGGUGUUAUAACCAAUAUAAAACAAUGUAACAUUCUAUACUACACUAUGCCAUAAAUAUCUCUCUAUGUACUGUAUAGCAUCAGGACCAGCUUAUGAAAAUAGUAUAUAUAAACAAAUAUAUAUAUAUAUAUAUAUAUAUAUAUAUAUAUAUAUAUAUAUAUAUAUAUAUAUAUAUACAUCCUACACCUUCCCCCAGGGUGCUGUGUUAGUAACCAUUUUCCACUGCUUGUAAUGAUGAUAUAAAGGUAUAUAAGCCAGUCAUGUGAGUAGCUUUAGCACUAGAUUGAAUUUUGCAAUUUUUAUUUCCUUUCUAAUAAAAAAAAAAUAUUUCACUAUAGAAAAGCUAUAGUCUUGUGCAAGUAUUGUGUUUCUUUUCAUUCUGAUAGCUAACUUGUGUACAUCAGUAUUUUAAUAAAUUCUAUCUUUGUGUGGUUUGUGAUAUAAAUAUUCAUGAAAUUAAAUGCAUUUCUCCUUUCAAUGUGUAUAUUACUGAAGUAUGCCUAGCUAUUAUAAAUAUAUAUGCUUAUAUCCCUUACAUCCAUAUAGAUUCAUGUCAUUGUAUUACAUGCAAGUUUUAUACUCUGUUUUUAUAUUGCUUUCUUUCUUCGGGAAAAAAAAAAAAAUAAAAUGUUUUCUUCAAAAUAA